AUGGACAAAUUCAUUGAAGAGGUUGAAGAGCCGGUUAGUCCUCAUGGACAAUAUUUCAACAGCUCUGUGAUAUGUUCAUAUGUUUUUGCCUUUUUAGAAUUAGCCAUUCCAUUUGAUAACUCACUAGCAAUACCUUUGAUCGAAGAUGUCUUCCUCCCUAUCAAUCCACGUUUCUCCUCUAUUAUGGUUAGAGACAAAGAUGGUAAGAAGAGAUGGCAAAAGAUUGAAGUGAAGCCUGAAGAGCAUGUCAAGAUUCCUAAAUUUCCUGAAACUACAAACUCAUCACCAAUUGAAUUAUAUGACAAUUAUUUUAGCGACUAUGUAACCAGUAUUUUCAUCGAAAGAACACCACAAGACAAACCACUUUGGGAAAUUCAUAUUAUAAAUUAUCCAACAACAAAUGCUGCUAGCACUAUAAUAUUCAAACUUCAUCAUUCAAUUGGUGAUGGUUACUCUCUCAUGGGUGCUCUUCUUUCUUGUCUUCAAAGAGUUGACAAUCCUUCUCUUCCUUUGACUUUUCCUUUGCGUUCACAAUUAGAUUCAAAAUAUACAGAUAAAAGCUUAUUUAAGAAUCUAUAUUUAGAUAUAUCUUCCAUUUUUAGCUCUAUAUUAGAUUGUGCAUCAAGCAUAAUCAAGACAAGAAUGAUUCCAGAUGGCAUAUCACCUAUAAGAUCGGGAUAUGAAGGAAUUGAUUUUCAGCCGACUGUCUUAUCAAACAUAUCAUUAUCUCUUGAUCAACUCAAAGAAAUCAAAUCAAAACUUGGAGUGACUAUAAACGACGUGGUUUGUGGGAUGAUUUUCUAUGGACUUAGGCUAUACAUGGAAGAGAUGAAUGAGAAGACAAAGAGAGCAAAUUCCACGGCAGUUGUAAUGCUCAACACGAGAAAUAUUGGAGGUUAUCAAUCAUUGAAGGAAAUGCAAAAACCAGAAUCCAAAAACCUUUGGGGGAAUAAAUUAUCUUUCUUACAAAUACCAAUACCAAAGCUAAACCAAUCAGGAAUUUCCAACCCUCUUGAGUUUGUUUGGGAAGCUCGUGAAGUAAUAAAGAGGAAGAAAAGUUCUUUCAGUGUUUAUCUCAUAGGUUUACUCAUGGAUUUGGAGAUGAAAUUAAGAGGGCCUGAGGCCGUAUCUAGAGUAAUUUAUGACACUAUUGGAAAUACAAGUGUUCUUAUCUCAAACUUGGUGGGGCCUGUAGAAAAGAUGGCUUUGGCAAAUCAUCCAGUAAAUGGGUUGUAUUUCACAGCUACAGGUGGACCACAGGAUACAACGAUUACAAUUAUUAGCUAUGUGAAAACAUUAAAAGUGACCAUAAAAACUCUAAAGGGAUUCAUAGAUGAACGGAAACUGAAGUUCUGCAUGGAGAAAGCAGUUGAAGUCAUAUUCAAAGCAUCUAUGGAGAUCUCUGAGAUAUCUACCAUAGAUUAA